AUGUAUUCGAAAUCUACGGAUUCGACUGUCCCCAUUAGGCCUACAGAUUCGGAAGAGCAACAAACGACCCGACAACUACUCUCGGAGAUAUUCGGAGUUAUGAUGCGUGGAGGCGUGUCGGAAGAGUGGAGCCCAUUUCGGAUGGUGCUCCGACUCUCCGAUGACGGCCCCCACUCCGAUGGCCUGCAUCCGGCUUCGCGGCUUCCCGCAUUGGGAAUCCGAAGUAUAAAGGCGGCCAGCAGAUCAAGUGCUAUCAGAGAUACCCCGCUGCAGGAGCGCGCCGCAUCCGAUUCCUCCUUCUCUUUCUCCCACUCCUCUCACUUCCUGUUGCUUCCUGUUUCUUCCCCUCAAAUUCAUGCCUCCUUCACUUCGCCUACCCCAACGUCGACCGGUCCCACCAUUGACCUUCUCUUCAAGGAGCACUACCUCCGGUUUAACUUUGAGGCCUUUAAGUUCGGCAUCUCGACAUUUGGGCUCUUCACCAACUCUUCUUAA